UUAUUCGAAUUCCAAUAAAAGAAGAAGGGACAAUAAGAAAAUAAAACUCCGUAAUGCAGUCAAAACCAAGAUACAACAAAGUGCUUGGAAGAAGCAAAUUUCUAAACCCAAGAAACUACGUUAUGAGGAGAUAUAUGAGAAUUAUCAAUUAUUCAAAUCUUCACUAUCACCAUCUUAGGUGAUGCUAGAUUCAUGCUGCAGGUCUUGAAAAAUAAACGCUUGAGAAGGAACCCAAAGGAAAACCUUCAGAAGAUAAAUUCUCUGGAGCCUUCUAAGAGGCCUGAACGCCUACAAUUCAAUCGUAGGAGCAGGAGGCAAUCGGAGGGGGGCACGAAAAUAGAGAUCACAAGGAUGUCAUCAGACUCAGAGAGCAACUUCCACUCUAAAAGUUUCGAGACUAUCGAAGAAGAGGAGACUAAAAGAUCUAAAUCUAUUGACAACAAGAAGAAUGUAAACAUUUCUGAAAUAAUUGUGAUUAAUUUGUUCCAAAAUGGCCAUGAAAAGAAAUAACAAUUCUAAAACUAAGAAGAAAUCCCAGCCUAAGAGAAAGACUGAAGCCAUAGAGAGGGCUCAAGGUAAUCAGGAUAAGCGCAAGUAUUAUGAGAAACAAGCGACUAUUUUGAAAGUGGCCAAAGAGAAGGUGAACAGCUCUCUCCAGCAGAAUAUUGAUUACCUGAAUAAAAAAUCUGAGUCAAAUGACCAACGGAAGUAUAAAGAAAAAUUUGAGAACAGAAUGUUUUAUAAGGAAAACCAGUCUAAGACUUUUAAGCAGAGUAAUAACACUCAGUUUAAGAAUAAAUCAGGAUCUCCCCCUAGAGAGAGGAUAACAAGGAAGCUUACAGAAAUGAACUCAGUUCAACGGUCAAGGCGGGUCCAUAACUCUAUGGUACCUAAUGGCAUUGGGAAUAUCUCAUCAAACCCAUUUUCAGGUUCCAAGGCUUCUGAGAAUGAGGGUUAUAGUCUAAAUUGGACUACCAAAAAGAGUAUUGACUCGAACUUUAAGCAAAGAGGCAUCAAAAGAGAUAUGAGAAUUAUGACUGUUUAUAAUAGCAAAAUGACAAAGUCCCAACAGAGACUCCACUGGGUUUACAAGACGGUUUUUACCUCAGGAUUCUCUAUAUUUUCGAAAUAAAGAUUCAGUCAAGAGCUUGAAUAAGACUAGGAGAGUGUAUAAGGAUGGCAUAAAUCCAUGCAGUGUGAGCCCAGAUUCGUCAAUCAGACUAAGCAUGACUACAAAGAAUUGGGCCGCUAGUAAUGUAACAUCUAGUCAGAAUCCAUUUCAGAACAGAGAAAAUAAACUAAGAGAAAACAGCACCGUUCAUCGGUUUGACAGUAUCAAGAAGAAAGAGAAGAUUCGUCUAGGAAAAAUAACGAAGGAAGGCUCAACUCAUCUCUCGCUUAGUACUAAGCGAACUAUGAAGAACAGUAGCUUCAGGCAGGUACCUUAUAGCCUGAAGAACAUCAAGAAGGAGGCUGAAAGCCACCUUCAUGACCUUUACAUGUCGUAUACUCCAUCCCGACUUAAGAUUCUUGAUAGUUUGAGCAGUCAUGACUCAAGAGAGCGCAAAAAUAAUUUCCUCAAGCAUUUAAUUAACAACAGUUUGGCUGAAGAUCUCAAGAAACGGCAUAAGAAAUAUUACAAAACAGACCAGAAUCCCCUGGAAGAAGAUUUUGGGGAGAUUAACCAUCACCAAAAAGGAUUUUAUUCAAAAGCAAAUCAUGAACUAGUCAAUCUUCCUAAUAUAACGUAGAUCGUAAUAAAGGUCUGAGAGGUGUGGCUAUCGAUUGAUUGCAUAAUAACAGGGACAACUGUCGACCAUGACUCUGAGAAAGACAUUAACCCAUAUCUUAGC